AUGGGCGACGCGCCUGCUGGCGUCAAGGAGCACGACGAGCAAGUCAAGGUGCGCGACGGGACGACGAUUACGUGCCGCAUUUAUUCCCCUGAGAAGCCGCCUCAGGGUGGGAGUCCUCUUGUUGUCAUCUACCACGGUGGAGGCUGGUGUAUUGGCGGGCUGGAGAACGAGGAGCUGCUCUGUCGACGUGUGACGUCCGAGCUGGGCGCUACGGCUGUCAAUGUUGACUAUCGCCUUGGGCCGGAGCAUAAGUUCCCCGCGGCACAUGAUGAUUGUUACGAUGCUACUAAAUGGGCGCUGGACAACGCCUCGAGAUUGGGCGCCGAUCCCACCAAGGGAUUCGUUAUCGGCGGCACUUCUGCCGGAGGCAACAUCACCGCCACCAUCGCCCACCAGUUCCGCGACGACAAAAUCACGCCCGGCCUCACCGGCUGUCUCCUUAUGAUCCCCGCCUGGUGCGCUGGCGCCCAUUUGCCCGAGAAGUACAAAUCUGAAGUCACAUCCCCGGAGCAAAACAAAAACGCUCCCAUCCUCUCCCAAGCCGCCAUGGACCUCUUCACCAGCAACUACAUCUCCAAGGAAGAGGAAGGCAACCCGAUUUUCAGCCCGCUGCUCUGGAAAACCGGGCACGCCAAUCUUCCAGCCUCCUACUUCCAGAUCUGCGGCCAGGAUCCUCUGCGUGACGAGGCGUUGAUCGCCGAGCGCAUCCUGCGAGAGGAGGGCGUGAAGACCAAGGUCGAAGUUUACCCUGGCCAGCCGCAUGGAUUCCACUCGGUUGCGCCGACCAUCAAGGGGAGUAAGAAAUUUGUGGACGAUUCGGUCAAGGGGGUGAAGUGGUUGCUGGAGCAGAAGUAG